AUGAGACUGCCGAUGGCUGGCAUACAGGGCCGUUUAACGGUGCCAUUUCUAGGACAAUAUAGAAACUUUUCCCACACGAAUUGGUGCAAUGGGCCCAAAGCUGUGAAAUUUCUAAAAGCUCAAAGAAAAAGACAGCUAAAUCAGGCCAAACAGCUGAAAUUGAAGACUUCUUUGGAUACGGUUGACCCGGUAUUUGGGCGUAGUAAUACUCCGUUUGUGGUGCGUACGUUGGCUGAGCUGAAAGAGCCUAAAGUUUUGUCCCAGGGAUACAAAGCUCAAGAGGUAGAAUCGCUUUUGGCAUCUGUGGAAGCAGCCAGAAGAGAACAAAUGGAGCUGGCUGGGUUCAACAAUCAGUCCUUGACCUCCGAAACUGAUGAGUCCGUUCUACAGAAUAUGGAACUGAAAAGAGAAUCUAUACUGAGAAUUUUAAGCAUGAGAAACGCUAAUAAUAACGAUUCCAUGAAAUUGGUAGUUCGUCAGGCUAGGGAAGAAUUUCAGAGAUUCGAGGGUGAUACCGGCUCUAGUGAGGUGCAGGCUGCCAUUAUGACGGUUCGUAUUCACAACUUGGCCAAACACGUCCAGGAAAACAAAAACGAUCAUAAGAACACCAGAAUAUUGCGGAUGUUGGUUCAACAAAGACAAAACAUUCUAAGGUAUUUGAAGAGAGACAAACCCGAGAGAUACUUUUGGACCAUACAAAAGCUCGGGUUGAGUGACAAUGCUGUCGUUGGCGAAUUCAAUAUGGACAGACGUUACAUGCAAGACUACAAGUUUUUUGGUGACCGCAUCCUAAUUAAAGAUUCCAAGAAGGUCGCAGAUCAAAAGCGGAGAGAUCUCCGCAAGCAGAAGAGAUCUGCCAGAAGAGCAUAG